GAAAAUAUAAUUGCUCAAAUGAUGCAUGUUGCAGAAUACCUUGAAUGGGAUGUUACUGAACUGAGUCCAAUCCUUCAUGAAAUGAUGGAAGAAAUUGACUAUGAUCAUGAUGGCACUGUUUCUUUAGAAGAGUGGAUCCAAGGAGGAAUGACAACAAUCCCACUCUUGGUCCUUCUUGGAUUAGAGAAUAAUGUGAAAGAUGAUGGGCAGCAUGUAUGGAGACUGAAACAUUUUAACAAGCCUGCCUACUGUAAUCUUUGUUUGAACAUGCUAAUUGGAGUAGGCAAGCAAGGUCUCUGCUGUUCUUUUUGCAAGUAUACAGUCCAUGAACGCUGUGUCUCAAGAGCUCCUGCAUCUUGCAUCAAAACAUAUGUGAAGUCCAAAAAGAAUACUGAUGUAAUGCACCAUUUCUGGGUAGAAGGAAAUUGUCCAACAAAAUGUGAUAAGUGUCACAAAACUAUAAAAUGUUACCAAGGCUUGACUGGACUUCACUGUGUUUGGUGUCAGAUCACAUUGCAUAACAAAUGUGCUUCACAUCUAAAACCUGAGUGUGACUGUGGACCUUUGAAGGACCAUAUUUUACCACCCACUUCAAUCUGCCCAGUAGUAUUGACGCUACCCACUUUAGGAGGUUUGCUUCCUGAGGAAAGACAGGCAACAGUGAAAAAAGAGAAGAGUUGCCCCCAGCAAAUGAACAAACUGGGAGAACGGAACAAAAUGCAAAGAGCAAAUUCCGUCACUGUAGAUGGACAAGGUCUUCAGAUCACUCCAGUUCCAGGCACUCAUCCACUUUUAGUUUUUGUCAAUCCUAAAAGUGGUGGGAAACAAGGAGAAAGCCUAGCCUACCAUGUCAGUGCAGUAAUUUAUCCUUCAAGUCUUGAAAAAGGUCUUUUGGCCAAGAUCAGGCUAAAGAUGACACCGGUGGAUACUGGGUGA